AUGAAUAUUGAUCCGAAGAUUAUAAAUAAAUCAACUGAAAUUAAUAGAAUGUUAAUGAAUCCAAUAAAUAUGAUGAGGCCACUUCAACAUAAACCGGGUACGAUUUUUGACCCGGAUGAGAAUGAAUGGAAGGCAAAACUACGAGCAUUUACACCUAGACUGAUGGAUAUAAAAGUUGAAAGAUUACCACAAACAACAUCAAAUGACUCAAGUCAGCUGCUACCCAACGCACAACAACGCUUGCCAACGUUCAAUUCAGAUAACGAACGUUUUACUUCUCGUUCAGUUCCUUCAUUUUUUCAUUCAAUUCCGCCACAACAAUUACCAUAUCGACCUCUAAUGUCAAAAACGUUCUAUAUGCCACCUUGCACGAAACCUAAUCAUUUACCAAAUCAAGAUGUUACAAAUUUCUCGGAGAAACAACAACAAAAUAAAUACAACCCAUCAUUAGCUACAACAGCUGAACAGCAAAGUCGACCUCCACCGCAGCAAACAGGGAAAAAAUAUUAUGUAGAUAAUUUUUCAACGUUUUCAAAUAAUGAACAGGAAAAUAAGUAUAAAUCAAUAUCAGCAACUUCCACAAAACAAGAUGACGAAGAAGAAGAAGAAGAAGAAAAUCACAACAAAAGUAGCAGUAGUAAAAAAUUGAACAAUAAUCGAAGGAAAAAUAAACGAGUGAGUUUUGAAGAUACAACAAAUAUACAAGAAAAUACAAUAACAGCUGCUAGUAAUCAUCAUGAUGCUGAAAGAAUACAACAUGGAUCGCCUUGUCCUUCUUAUGGAUUUUUACAAAGCAAUUUUCAUCCUGAUUAUCGAUUUGAACAACCCGUUGGUUCUCUGUUCCCAAUACCCGUUGAUUAUAAUCAAAUCAAUAAUUUUGGUAUGACAGUAAGAGGAAGAGGUCCUUCUAUCAAUCAAUUUAAUCCAAGAUCAAAUAAAACCCGUCCUAGUAGUGGAAAUAUUUCAGUUGCUGGACGGCCAACAACGUUUUUCCAUGAAGGCUAUAUUCCUAAUAUAAAUCGUUUACAGAUUUCUCAACUUCCAAUGCCAGCUUUCGGCUAUUCUAAUGGUGUUGGUCCAGCAUUAUUUGAUCCUCAGCGAUUUUCAUAUCGAACCCCAUCAUUGCAUCCCCAGUCCGCUCCAGUCUUAUACAAUCCUCCGGCAUAUUCUUCUGUUCCUCGCCCAGUGUUAAUGAAUUCAUCUCUAUCUUCAGUUAACAGUAACAAUACUAACACGACAAAUAUCAUACGAAAUAUUUAUCCAAAAAAGAAGAAAAAUCGAAAUAAACAAGGAAAACAAAUCCUUGAUUCUUCAGCAUCCAAUACCGUCGAGACACCAGUAGCGUCAUCUUCUGGUACAACAAACACAUCAACAUUAACAAAACCAGAACAAAGUAAUCUAUCAGAAAAACGAUCGAUAACAAUAUUAAGAAAGCCAAGUACAGACGAAACAAAUUUGAAAGAACAAAACGAUAAAAACAGCAAUACCAAUAGUUUGGAUUCUCAGUCUCUUUCUCCACCCCCAUCACCACCGAAAUCACCAUCUCCACAGUCAUCUUCUGUUCCAACUACUUUACAGCAAAACUCAUCAUCACCACUACUAGAGUACAUAUCACCAAGCGUUCAAAAUGUUGACAAUUCACUCAUCCCACCUUAUACCUCAUUAUUUACUACUAUCGACAAUUCAUCACCAACAACUACAAACAGUCAAGAGAUUUUGAAUAUGCUACACAGUGGAAAUUGUGUACAAGCAUUAUCCGAAUAUUGUCAACGUAAUAAUCUUACUCUCAAGUACGAUAUCGUCACGCCAAUUGGACCCUCUCAUUCUCCAUCUUUCUCGUGUGGUCUUCUAUUGAAUGAACGUCGAUUCAACUCUCCAGUUCAAGCACAAACAAAAAAAGACGCACAACGAAUUGCUUGUCACUAUACAUUACAAACAUUGUAUCAAGAAGCGUAUGCUUAUGAACAACAACAAUCGAUGUAUAGUAAUCAUCUUCACACCAUCACAUCAUCCGUAACAAAACAUGAUAUAAUUGCUCAAUGUUCUUUGAAAACUUAUAAUCAAGUAGUCCAAUCGUUAUCAGUCAAUAAUGAUUUAAUUGGACGUAAAACUAUAUCAUGUAUUUUAUUAACAAAAGAUGAUAAUUUUCAACAAAUUCAAGUUCUAAGUAUUGGAACGGGUAAUUGUUCAUUAUUGGAAACAAAUUAUGUUGAUGAUGGAACGGUAAUUCAUGAUUGCCAUGCAGAAAUUCUUGCACGACGAGGAUUUAUUAAAUUUUUAAUACAUCAACUUCAAAUAGCUGGUGAUGAUGUUGAAAAAUCGAUAUUUGAAUUGAAUACACUCAAUAAUAAAUUUCAAUUAAAAGAUUCUUAUCAAUUUCAUUUGUUUAUAUCAUCACUACCUUGUGGUGAUGCAUCGAUGAAAACAAAAGAGAAUAAUCAAAAUGGUGCUAACCAUGAUGAAGAAAAUAUCGAAGAUGAUGAAUAUAGUGAAAUGGAUAAUAUUGGCUUAUUACGUUAUAAACAAGAGCAAAGUGAAGGUACAUGUGCAGCUUUAACACCAACGAAAAAUAAAUAUCAUAUUAAAUCAUGCAGUGAUAAAAUAUGUCGAUGGAAUAUAUUAGGUUUACAAGGUGGUCUAUUAGUGAAUUUAAUUUGUGAACCAAUUUAUUUAUCAACAAUAACCAUUGCUUGUCCAUUCGAUCAAGAACAUGUUAAAAAAUCAUUAAUCAAACGUUUAGACUCUUAUUUACGUUCUAAAAUUUCACAAUUAACAUCACCCUAUAAGGUAAAUCAACCAGAAAUCGAUUGUCCAAAAAUUCAAUACGAACGACAAGCAAGCCGUUUACAAUCAACAAGUUUUGCAUGGAAUAUAAGCGAUUCUCGAUCAACAGAAUUAAUUGAACCAACAACAGGACGAUUAAGACAUAAUCGUGGUGUAUCAAAAUUAUCUAAAAAAUGUUUAUUUCAAGAUUUUAAUGAUUUAUUAAAAUUCUCUUAUCCAAAAUUAAUAUUAGAUAAAACAUUUUCGACCUAUGAACAAGCAAAACAUUCAAAUGAUAAAUAUGUCAUGCUAAAAAAUAUAGUAUCAAAUGCAUUUGAAUCGGAAACUGGUGGCGUUUCAUGGAUAAGCAAAAGUGAACGAAUUAUGAAUGCAAUUGUACGAACAUUACGAUGUGUAACAAAAUUAAAUCGUAUCGUUCAAAUUCCUGUUCGAACUACAAUUGUUGUUGAACGUAUGCAUCCAUUACCAAAACUGAAAUCAUACGAAGAUAUAUACGAUUAUAACAAAUAUUCGUUUGAACAUUUUCAAUAUAGAAUAAUAAAUGAUACAGAUGCUAAUAAAUGGGGAAAUAUUGAUGUGAUAUUAACAGAAUAUGUUGAAGGUGUAGGUUAUAAAGGUGAAAUUGUCAAUAUACCAAGACAAAUUGCCUAUACUGAACUAUUACCAUCGCGAUUAGCAUUGUAUCCAACUGAAGAAAAUAUCAAAUUGUUUGAAGAAGAACGUAAACUAUUAGUUGAUCGACCACAAAUCUCUCCAUUUGUUAAGAAAUGUCGUGAUUAUUUAAAAACAAUUUUAUUACAAAUACCUAUAAAUAUGAAACAAAAAUCAUGGAUACUAACCAAACAACAAAUACGUGUGGCUUUAAGACGAAUGAAUAUUAUGUGUAGUGAAGAGGCAAUUCAAUUUGAAGAAGGAUCAAUUACAAAUGAAACAUACAAAUUGGGCGAGGACUUCAACGUCAAUUUGAAAAUUAACGAAACGGUUGAUGUCGAUAUCAAAUGUAUUCUUGUUCCAGUUGAGAAGGCCAAAUUGUGGGAUGAAUACGCAAUUCAUAAAAGAAAAAAAACACUUUGA